AUGGUAGUUUUCACUUGCAACGCGUGUGGAGAAUCUGUAAAGAAAGCACAAGUUGAAAAACAUGUGAAUAUCUGCAGAAACUGUCAGUGCCUUUCUUGCAUGGAUUGUGGGAAGGAUUUCUGGGGUGAUGAUUAUAAGGAACAUGUGAGGUGUGUAAGUGAAGACCAGAAAUAUGGUGGAAAAGAUUUUGAAGCCAAAACUAACAAAGGAGAUGCUAAACAACAGGAGUGGAUUCAGAAAAUCCAUGAAGUAAUGAAGAAGCCAAAUAUAAACCCUAAAGUGCGGAACAUUCUGGAGCAAAUGCGUGUCUUUGAUAAUAUUCCAAGAAAAAAAGUAAAAUUUCAGAAUUGGAUGAAGAACAGUUUGAGAAUUGCUGACAGCACUUUGCAAGACCAGGUGUGGGAUAUUUUCUCAGAAGCAAACAGAAAUAUUUCAACUGAAAAAGAGCAAGGCAAGCCACAACAGAAACAAGGAGGGCACUCAGCAGAAACUGAGGAAAAAACAAUGGCAGGAGAAAAUGGAAUUGCAGAUGAUGAAAUUGAAAGGAAAAAGAAUAAGAGAGAGCGAAAAGAAGAGAGACAAAAGAACAAAAAGAAGGAGAAAAAAGACCUGAAAUUAGAAAACCAGUCAGAAACAAAAAAGAGUAAAAAAUCCAAAAAAGGAAAGGAGAGCUUGGAGAAUGAAUUUGAAAUAAAUGGAAAUGGCCAACAGAGUGACACAGAAGAGGAAACAAAUGUAAAGAAACGCAAACAUAAGCAUGCAGAAGAGGAAGCUCAUAUGCCAACAAAGAGAAAGAAGGCUGAAAACGUUUCAGAAGACGUGGAAUUAGAAAACACCAAUGGCAAUGAAGAAACUGUGGGAACAGAAAAAGGUAAAUUCAACUGGAAGGGGACCAUCAAAGCUGUUCUGAAACAGGCUCCAGACAAUGAAAUUUCAAUUAAAAAACUAAGAAAAAAGGUUAUAGCUCAGUACUACGCAGUAGCUGGUGAACAUCACAAAUCAGAAGAGGACAUUCUAGUCAUAUUUAAUAAGAAAGUAAAUAACAAUCCCAAAUUCAAAGUUUUAAAGGACAAAGUUAAACUCUUGAAAUAACAGCUUGCAUACUUUGCAUAAUGUUUGCAUUUUAAUCUUGCAGAGUCCACUUCUUCUCUCAGCUGUGCAUAUCUGAGCAUUGGUUUCAAUUUGUGUAUGUGAAAGCUGAAUUUAUCUUCUAGG